GAGAAGAACUAGCCGUCAUUUCAAGCAGGUUGUUAUUUCUAACGCUGCGAUGAGUGGGAGGGUUGGAGACCUUACUCCCAAGCAGGCUGAGGCGCUAGAACAGUUUCGAGAGAGGAUACAAGACAUUCUCCCUCAACUUCCUGUCCAGCAUGACCACUUCUUGUUGCGAUGGCUCAGAGCAAGAAGCUUCAAUGUGCAGAAGUCUGAGGCCAUGCUGCGAAAGCAUGUGGAAUUUAGGAAACACAUGAAAGCAGACACAAUACUUGCAGAAUGGAAACCACCAGAGGUGAUAGAGAAGUAUCUGUCGGGAGGGAUGUGUGGCUACGACCGAGAGGGCAGUCCCAUCUGGUAUGAUGUCAUCGGGCCAGUGGAUCCCAAAGGUCUCUUCCUGUCGGCUUCCAAGCAAGACUUCAUCAAGUCCAAGAUCAGAGACUGUGAGAUGCUGCAGAAGGAGUGUGAUCUGCAGUCCCAGAGGCUGGGCAGGAAUGUGGAAUCCAUCACCAUGAUCUAUGACGUUGAAGGCCUGGGUCUAAAACACUUAUGGAAACCUGCCAUUGAGACAUAUGGAGAGAUCCUUCAGAUGUUCGAAGACAACUACCCAGAGGGACUCAAAAGACUAUUUGUCAUUAAAGCCCCCAAACUCUUCCCUGUGGCCUUCAACCUUGUCAAGCACUUCCUGAGCGAGAACACACGACAUAAGAUCUUCAUCCUGGGGGGGAACUGGCAGGAGGUAUUACAGAAGUACAUUGCCCCCGAGGAGCUGCCUGUGAUCUAUGGGGGCAAGCUGACGGAUCCUGAUGGAGACCCCCGCUGUAGGACCAAGAUCAACCACGCUGGCCCAGUUCCUAUCUCUUACUACGUGCGGGACCACGUCAACCUGGACUAUGAGCAAUGUAUGACAGUCAACCGAGGUUCCACCCAGCAGUUGGACUAUGAGAUCCUGUUCCCCGGCUGUGUUCUCAGGUGGCAGUUUGCCAGCAAUGGGGCAGAUAUUGGGUUCGGGGUUUUUCUGAAGACCAAGAAAGGCGAAUGGCAGAGGGCUGGCCAGAUGCAAGAGGUGGUGCCCAGUCAGCGGUAUAACGCCCACUUAGUGCCAGAGGAUGGCUCGCUAACCUGCGAACGCCCAGGAGUGUAUGUCUUGAGAUUUGACAACACUUACAGCAUCUUCCAGUCCAAGCGCAUCAGCUUUACCGUUGAGGUCCUGCUGCCGAGCCAGUUACACUCUCCGAAACCAAAUAAUGGGUCGGGUGUCCCAUCAGAGGUGGGGAGCAGCACCCAGCCAUGACAUGAAGAAGCACACACUUCAACUGGGCCGAUGCUGGUCGGCACCAUGAGGAUGUGCGUCCUGAGAUACUUGAUGUGUGUAGGAACUGCAGCCAUGAGGACAUGAGCACGGAGCCCACGGCGGAGGGAUUGUGAGACGCUGAGUGAAAAACCAGCUGCACAGACCUGAAUGAACGGAACAAGCUGGGCUGUGAAUGGCAUAUGUACCUGCUGUGUCACGCUGUGGGAGUGUUUCACCGGUAGCUCGGAGAAAUUCAGACUCCCUUUCUGUUGCUGUUAUGCAUAAAUUCUUGGCCUGUUCUUGUUACUCACUACUUGUCUUUAGGAACUACUUUUUUAUUUACAACAUAUUUACUUCUCUGCCUCAAGCAAGCUGUAGAAGAUAUUUACAUUUAGGUUUUGCUUUUAUUGUAUGUUUUCACCUUUUUUAAAUCCGUAACCUCACAAUGUGCAGUAAUGCAGUUUGAUGAAACAGCUUCUGUCACUUCUUUGCCAGGUACCUUUCCCAAGCUCUGUUCAGGCGUUAUGCCAGCGGUACUCCGACCGUCUUACAGUCACAGACGCCUCAGGAGUUUCUCCUUCACCUUGUCGUAAGCAAAUAUCCUGUCCUUUCUCGCAGGUUGUGAUCGCAGCACACAUGGCAGCAGGACGUGCUCACUACUUGGCGUAAGAUAAAUAGGAACAAUUCCCUUUCUGUUGCUCUUUAUUGCAGUUUCUUUACCGCCUGGUCAACUUUUUCACCUCGAGCAAGUAAGGAGACUUUUUGUCAUGUGUAAAAAAAACAAAGGGGCGGUUUCAUUUGACUUUUUAUGUUUCCAAACACAAAAUUUGUGUAAAGACGUUAGCAGAUAUUCCCUGUGAUUGGACUGUAAUGGGCUGACUGAUUGA